GUAUAUCUUUGUUUUUUUUGUUUUUUUUUUCUUUUAUAGUCAUAAAUAAGACAAGAAGAAUGACGAUGACUGAAGCCAUUUCACCAACAAAAACUUAUUUAAAGCCACAAAAGAAAAAAAAGACUUUAAGUGAACUAUCAUAUUAUCUUGCGCAAAGACAAAUAGAAAUCCCUCUAAAAGUGAUCUUGGUCAUUCUUCUGGGAUACUUUCUUCAUUUACCAGGAUUCAAGCAUUUUAUAUUUAUUAGUAAUCAGAGAAAGGAUGGUCGAUAUGAAAAGAGUCUUUGGGAUAUUACAUUUUUAUUUUUUUAUAUAUGUGUCUUUACAGCGCUUCGAGCUUCAAUUAUGGAUUAUAUUUUAAUACCCUUUUCUAAAUAUGCUGGUGUUAGUAUGAAAAAGCAACAAAGAUUUGCAGAACAAUCUUGGGCUUGUAUGUAUUAUACAUUUGCUUUUAGUUUCGGUAUUUAUGUCAUGUAUGAUUCACCUUGGUGGUUUGAUUCAACUUAUUUUUGGCGUAAUUAUCCAGUUACAGAUUAUACAAAAUCAUUCAAAUAUUAUUAUUUAAUUCAAUUUGCUUUUUGGCUUCAACAAGUUUUUGUACUUCAGAUCGAGGAACCAAGAAAGGAUUAUAAAGAAUUGGUGAUGCAUCAUAUCAAUACUUUAUUAUUAGUUAGUCUUAGUUAUGGUUGUAAUUUUACAAGUGUUGGUAAUGCUGUAUUUAUUUGUAUGGAUUUACCCGAUGCACUUUUAGCUCUUGCAAAAACUUUAAAUUACUGCCGUCCCGGACCUUUAUGUAAUACUGCAUUUGCUAUUAUGGUCUGUUCUUGGAUGUAUACACGUGUUUAUAUUUAUGGUCGUAUUAUUAUCUCUACUUUGACAGAGCCCGAAUUAUAUGUCCCUAGAUUUAGACUGGACCCUUUAAAUGGUGAAUGGUUUCCUCAUUUUGUUAAAUAUAUUAUUGCCGGUCUUAUGAUUGGUCUUUAUCUGUUAAUCCUCUUUUGGACAGUCAUGAUUUUCAAAGUAAUCAUUAGAAUAUUUACAUCGCCCGAAGCAAAGGAUGUUCGUUCUGACGAUGAAGAUGAAUCCGAUCCAGUUUCAUUGGAUAAAAUUGAGGGUGAUCAUUCUACACCUAAAUUAACAGCAAAAAACAUCAAGACAAAAGAUCAAUAAUCGUAACUCUAUUUAAACCUAAUAAUUUUUUUUUAUAUCAUAAAAUAUAGAACAAAGCUUAAUUUUAAUAUAUCAUGUAUAAAUAAUAACAAAUCAAUAUGAACAAUUAUUAUUAUUAUAGACUGAUUGAGCUACAUUUUAAGCAUGAUCUUUUGGAAUUGAAUACGAUACAAUUGUCCCUAUCCAAAACCUACUAAAUAUAUAAGGGGGUAUAUUUCUUGACAAGGGAAAGAGACAUACACUUUUUUAUGUUUCUUAUUGUAAGGAUUAAGAUAGAUAAUAUUGCCUAUUACGGUUAUAGGGUGUACUUACUAUUUAUAGAAUCAUGAUUACACAAAGAAUUAAUUUUAGUAGUCAUGUUCAAUGAAGAAGAAGAAUAAAAAAAAAUGUUGCAUUCAU